CAAAAGACCAUCAUAGUAUAAGGACUAGCUAUUUAACUAUUAUUUGUCCAAUUGUACGACACUUCCCUAUCGCUAUGGUGAUGGUAACACCUCUUAUCAGGUGGCUUCCACAGAUCUAGCCGAACAAGCCGUAUACCCCUUUUACAUAUAAACCCUCUCAUCCCCCUUCAGAUCUUCGACCGGACCUUCCUUUAUGGUCAAAGAAACUCCGCUAAAUCAAGCCUGUACUAUCUGACUAUGGCUGUAGAACAGACUGUAAAACCCGUGAUCAUCCUGGUCCACGGGGGCUGGCACACACCGGAAUGCUGGGACAAAGUCAAGACCCGACUCGAAACAACCGGGUACGAGGUAUACGCGCCGCAGCUAAUCACUUCCUGUGGGCCAGAGCCAAUGCACCACUCAUGGCGUGUUGACGUGGCCGUCGUACACGAUCUAGUCAUACCCCUCUUCAACCGCGGACGCCACGCCGUCAUCAUCGGGCACUCGGCUGGGGAGAUCGUCGCGACUGUAUCUGUUCAAGGACAGACAAUCGCGGAACGGCGGGCCCAAGGACUUGAGGGAGGAUUCGGUGCUCUGGUGUUUGUCUGUGCGUUUGCUAUUGGGAAAAGGGGGGAUACGUUGUUGGAUAAUAUUGGAGGCGUGUUUCCGCCUUGGAUGACGUCGGUGGAACCUGGUUCGAAUAUACCGUUCUCAGCUGAGAUCAAACAGGGACAAGUGCCCUUCUACAGCGACUUACCCCCGGAUGAGGCUAAGGAGUGGGAGGGAAGAUUGCGGCAUCAAUCACUGAGGUUCAUGGAAGAACCUGUGACGUUUUGCGCUAAUGACGUUACGAUCCCUAUGUCGUAUUUAAUCUGCGAGGGUGAUGAGACCCUUCCUCUCCCGGCCCAGGAGGCUAUGGUCAAAGCCGUUCCAGCGAUUAAGGUACGGCGUUGUACGGCGGGCCAUAGUCCCUUUCUGAGCCAACCGGAUCUUUGUACUGAGAUGAUUAUCGAAGCUGCCAAGAAAGUGCAGUAAAUGAGGAAUUGAGGUCUCGUUGGGAGAGAAUAUGUAUCAUGUAACUUGUAGGAGGUUGUUGAUUAUCGAUAGGUGUCGUUGCUCCUGAGUUGAGUAAUAACUGUGGGUGCACACAAG